AUGUCGAAGCACGCCACGCUGAUUUUCUCACGCCACGGAGAGUCCGAAUGGAACGUGGCCAACAUCUUCACGGGCUGGGUGGACGUCGACCUCUCCGAGAAGGGCCUGGGCGAGGCGAAGGGAGCGGGCGAGCUGCUCAAGGCGGAGGGCCUGCAGAUUGACCUGGCGUUCACAUCGUACCUCAAGCGUGCCAUCAAGACGUGCAACCUCGCCUUGGAGGCGGCCGACCAACUCUAUGUCCCUGUGAGCAAGACCUGGCGCCUGAACGAGCGCAUGUACGGCGGACUCACAGGACUCGACAAGAAGGAGACGGUCGUGAAGCAUGGGGCGGAGCAAGUUCAGAUCUGGCGUCGGUCCUUUGACAUUCCGCCACCAGUGCUGGAGAAGGAGAACAAGUACCACCCGUGCCAUGAGGCCAAGUACGCAGCUUUGGACCCCAAGGAUGUUCCGGACACGGAGUGCCUGAAGGACACCAUCGCGCGAGUCAUGCCAUACUGGGAGGAGACCAUUGCCCCGGCCUUGAAGCAGGGAAAGACGGUCUUUGUAGCUGCCCAUGGAAACUCCAUCCGGGCCAUUGUGAAGAUGAUUGAGGGCCUCUCCGAUGAUGUGAUCCCAGGCCUUGAGAUUCCGACUGGGACGCCUCUUGUUUACGAGCUGGAUGCUGACCUGAAGCCUCUCGCAAGCUCGUUGGCCGUGGAGCCGCUCAAGUUCGGGCGCUACCUCGGCGAUGCAGAGAAGAUCAAGGCAGCUGCAGAGGCUGUGAAGAACCAGACGUCGGCUGAACAGGCAGCGGAUACCGGCCCGGGCCCGAUGAGGUCAUGGCUGCUGAGCGAGAACUGCGUUUUCCACAACCUUCACAGAUGGAACGUGGCCAACAUCUUCACGGGCUGGGUGGACGUCGACCUCUCCGAGAAGGGCCUGGGCGAGGCGAAGGGAGCGGGCGAGCUGCUCAAGGCCGAGGGCCUGCAGAUUGACCUGGCGUUCACAUCGUACCUCAAGCGUGCCCCGGUAAGGCACAGCCCACCCGAGAAAUGCUUCGAGAAGCAACCUCGGUUUCGUGCCAUCAAGACGUGCAACCUCGCCUUGGAGGCGGCCGACCAACUCUAUGUCCCUGUGAGCAAGACCUGGCGCCUGAACGAGCGCAUGUACGGCGGACUCACAGGACUCGACAAGAAGGAGACAGUCGUGAAGCAUGGCGCGGAGCAAGUUCAGAUCUGGCGUCGGUCCUUUGACAUUCCGCCACCGGUGCUGGAGAAGGAGAACAAGUACCACCCGUGCCAUGAGGCCAAGUAUGCAGCUUUGGACCCCAAGGAUGUUCCGGACACGGAGUGCCUGAAGGACACCAUCGCACGAGUCAUGCCAUACUGGGAGGAGACCAUUGCCCCGGCCUUGAAGCAGGGAAAGACGGUCUUUGUAGCUGCCCAUGGAAACUCCAUCCGGGCCAUUGUGAAGAUGAUUGAGGGCCUCUCCGAUGAUGUGAUCCCAGGCCUUGAGAUUCCGACUGGGACGCCUCUUGUUUACGAGCUGGAUGCUGACCUGAAGCCUCUCGCAAGCUCGUUGGCCGUGGAGCCGCUCAAGUUCGGGCGCUACCUCGGCGAUGCAGAGAAGAUCAAGGCAGCUGCGGAGGCUGUGAAGAACCAGACGAAGGCCCAAUACGUGUCGGCUGAACAGGCUGUGGAUACCGGCCCGGGCCCGAUGAGGUCAUGGCGGCUGAGCGAGAACUGUAUUUUCCACAACCUUGACAGGAUGGCGAUGGUCCGUAUCAUUCCUCCGGCACGGGCUAAGAAAGUGAGCUCUGGGAGGUUCGAGUGGAACAAAGGCGUAAAAUGGGCAAACAUGACGGAAGUGGUUGCCGAAGGUUUUCAAUGGAUGGGCGACUACGAGUCGUGCUUCCUGGUGUCGAAGAAAGUCCUGGAGGACGAUCCUUACCACCUGGCCGCCCUACCGGUGCACAUCUCGUCGCUGGUGAUGUUGAACAUGACGAAUGUCGUCUUCUAUGUCGCCCACCAGCUGAUGAAUGCGUACCCAACUGCAGCCGUGGCCUGGUUCACGGCAGGCUGCUACUACUACAUGAUCAAGAAGUACGAGCUGGCAAGGCGCUUCUUGCACAAGGCCCUUUCCCUGGACUCCGCUUUCGGCCCUGCCUGGGUGGCUUUUGGUCAUGCCUUUGCCUCGCAUGACGAGAGUGACCAAGCUUUAGCAGCGCAACUUCGCUCAGAAGCCAUGGCUCUCUCGACACGCGAGCGCCUUACACACGCCACCUUCCAGCUCGGUGCCUGCUGCUUGGGCAUGGGCUUGGUAGGGCUGGGAGUUGGCUGCUUGGCAGACCCCGUGGGCUCCUCCAAAAUGUACGGCCUGCCUUUGGAAGCCAGCAGCCCUGCAUUGCGUUGGGUCAAAGUGGCUGGCGUGCGUGACCUUUGCCUGGGUGUCGGCACUUUGGCCCUCUUCUAUUUUCAGCCGAGCGCACUGCGCGUGUUUGCCCCGGCAACACUUGUCGUCGCAGCCUCUGAUGCCGUGCUGACCAUCGGGGGUCCCUUCCCAGCGCCCUUCAACCAUAUCAUUGGUGUGGUGGGCAUUGGCCUCCCGGCUCAGGAUUCACUGGUUGAAGAUCGCUGUUGGAGUUCGUGUUCUAUGUUGGUUCAUUCUAGGGUUUCGGUAUCUUGUGUUGACGCCGGGUGCGUGAAGAGGGCUGGAUGCGAAAAGCCGUCCUUUCGCUUGAAGGCGUAG